UUUUCACGAAAUAUAUUGGACAUGGACUGACCCAAUUAAUGUACUCCAGUCAUCAUCAUUUUACUAUAUAUACCCUGAUAUUUCGAAUGUGAUAUUGCCAAGAGAAUAUUAAGGAAAAGGACUGGAUCAGUUUGUGAAGGUAUGUUCAGCUGGAUAUAUCAUGCAUUUUCUGGAAUAUGAUUGUUAUUUUUGAAGAUCAUUCUGAGUGAAACAUACUGUUGGAUACUUAGGUCCCAUCCGCUUACUUUUGAGUCGGUAUAUUCUAUAUACCAGCUCUGUUGACUUUCGCUGUACUUUCGUGCCUUAUUCGAGUGCAACCAUCUGGAGAACCAUGUAUUGUGAUGCUUUAAUCUGAUUAACUUGACUAUUGUAUAUAGCAGUAAUCCCAUUACUGGUUCUUCUAUAUACUGAUUACACUGCACCUUUGGACCAAUGGAGGAUAUCAACGAUGAGACCGAAAAUGACCUAUUUCAAACCCCAUCAGACUUUCAAACAAUCUCCCAGGACAGUCAUGAUAACACCACAGAUAUGAAAGUUUGUAAAGCGUGCGACGAAGAGAGCGAGUUGACUGCUAUGAUAAAAUGCAGCAGUAAAAAGUGCAAGUCUUUCUACCAUUUUGCCUGCACAGGAAUGCCCGCACAUAUGCUGACUUAUAUAAGACGUGUAAGUGGGGCAAAAUAUAUAUGCACUGAAUGUGAACUUGCUGAUGAUGAUAUUAUCCAAGCAUUGGAAACGACAUAUACAUCUACAAAUAAUGAAUCAGAGGAAAAUACCAGUGACGAACACACUAAAAGAACCCCAACAGAUAAUCAUAGAAAUGGAGGUGAAAGCGAUAUAACCCCACUGAAAGACGCAAUAGAAAAUAUGGAGAAAGAGAUAAUAAACUGUAUAAGGGAUAUCCAUGAGCAACGAAAUGAUACUAGAAAUACUGCAGAGAAAGAUCAACUGAAAGCAACAGAAAACAGACAACGACAGAAGAUACAUAAUUUAUGUUGAAGGAAAACAUACAUCAACUGAAGACAGAAAUGAAUCUUCGAGCAACUGAAUAUGAGUUGUUGCUCAAAGAACAAAGAAUGAUAGUAAAAAACAAGGAGAAAGAUGUGGCUAUGCAUCAGAAAUAUCAAGAAAAUGCAGAAAGGAUGGCGAACAAACUUCAAAUUGAACUUGAGAAGACAACUGAGGAAUUGAAUAUUGCAAAACAAGAAACUGAUAAAGUAAAGGAAGAAAAGAUAAACAUCAAACGUCUAUGGCAAGCUAGUGAAGGAGCGGGAGAGUGGAGAGAACAAAGGAGAUAUAGCGAGGCCACCGCCACAAGCCCCGUUGACCAUCCAUCUGACCGGGCGAGGAACACUGAACGGAGGAGAGAGCAAUCGCCAUUUAGGAGCAACGAAAGAAGCGAGAAGAGGAAGGAGCACACGAAAUCAAGAAAUAGCGAAAGACACGAGAGGAUGAAUGAACACAACGAAACAAGAAGACGCGAAAGACACGUCAGAAAUGAAGGAGACAGAGAGCAAACGGUGGACAAAGAGAGAAAAGAGUAUAAUAGUGAUAGUAAUGACAGGAAAAUUAAGAACGUAGUUAUCAUAGGAAACUCUCAGACAAGUGGUAUAGAUCCAGAUAAAUUUUCUCAAAAUGUGAAAUUACAUAAAGUCACCAAAUAUAGAAUUGAGGACGUUGAGGAGUGGAUACAAUCAAAGGAAGCAAAACAAAUGAUGUCAAUUGCGGAAACUGUGAUCAUCCACGAAAUAACAAAUGACGUUAAAAGGUCCAGCGCACUGGAUUGUGCAAAUAGAAUGCGCGAGCUUAUUGGCUUGAUUAAAGUGACUUUCAAAGAAUGUAAAAUCGUGGUGUCAUUGGGCACACCCCGAGAUGAUAAUCCUAUGUUCCAGCAACGUGUAGACAUUGUGAACAAUAUGUUGAUGGCAGAAGCAUUAUAUGACAGAAGGGUGAAAACUGUCCAUCAUAGAAACCUACUUUAUCGAGGAACAAUUAACAGUAAUCUAUUUAAGGAUGACCGUUACCAUCUCAAUAAGGAUGGAACAAGGGUACUAGCAGGAAACCUUCGAUGUGCAGUAGAAAGGAGUUAUGCACGAAACAAACGAUGAAUGGUUCAUAUUGUCCUCAAUAUUCAAGAGAAAUGGUAAAAUUUCGUUCGAAACGAUUCAAAUAAUGUAUUGUAAGAAUUGUAUUGCAAAACUGGAAAGUGUAUUUGUAAGAACAUGUAUUUUAAAGAGAACUGUUAAGAUUUUGUUCCAUACGAAUAAGAUAAUUCAUUGUAUAAAUUGUAUUGCAAAACGUGAAAGGAUCUUUGAGAAGACAUAUUUGCCACACGGUCCAAUUAAAACAAAGAUUACUAUCGGAGGUGGUCUCUCCUGUCAUAACCUGAAAAGAAAUGCGAAGAAAUACAAUAACAAAAUAUGUCUGAACAAAAAAACAUAGAAAUAUGUUAUUGGAAUGUAAAUGGGAUUUACAAAAUAUGGGAUGGGGCAAAAUCUUCCUCAAAACUUGACGAACAAGAUUUCGUGAACGUUUUUAAUCAAUUUGACAUCAUCUGUUUGGCAGAAACGAAAAUUGGACCGAAGGAAAAUAUGUCGUUACAAGGAUAUACCGAAAAGAUCAUUUGCAGAAAGAGGCAUAAAAAUGCGAAAUCGGACUCUGGUGGCUUGGCCUUAUAUGUUAAACAGGCUAUUAAACAUCGCGUCGCUAUUAUCAAUAAUACCUCUAGCGAAUAUUGCUGGAUAAAACUACAUAAAAAUAAAUCUGGUACAUCAGAUGAUUUAUAUAUUUGUUUCGCCUACAUAAGCCCAGAAAAUUCUACCUUUUCUUCAAACAUAGAUAUAAUCGAUGCAAUAAUGAAAGACAUCGCAAAAUAUAAAAAUCAAGGAAAGUGCAUGGUUAUUGGUGAUCUAAAUGCACAUACCAAUACCAUAGCUGAUGCAAAUGAGUUCGACUCAAUGGACGACAGUAAAACACUACCUUUACCAAAUUCAUUGAGUUGUCCUGAGUCUAUGACAAGGAGCAACCAAGACACCAGGCCCGUAAACAAAAGAGGAAAAGAUGUAAUCCAAUUUUGUAAAGCUUGUGAUCUAAGAAUUGUCAAUGGACGUAAAUUGGGUGACCUGACUGGAAAGUUCACAUGCUACGAGUCAAACGCCAAAAUACCGAGCGUAAUAGAUUACGUUUUAGCUGAAAUUGAAGCUAUGGACGAUAUUCUUUUCUUUUAUGUGAAAGACCUGAAUAUUUUCUCAGAUCAUUGCCCCAUUGUUACAACCCUUAAAUCGAGUAUCUAUACAAAUACUAAUUCAUGUAGAGUUGAAAACCAGGUGUUAAAACCACACCCGAAAGCCUACAUAUGGGAGCCCCAUAUAAGCGACGAAGCUUUUAUAAAAGCUCUGGGAAUACCCCUCGUAUUAGAUAAAAUAAAAGAAAUAAAAGAAAUGGUUUAUGAGCCAAAUAGUCAAGGUAUCGAAAGCGCAGUGAAUGACUUUACAAACUGUAUUUUAACAAUUGCCGAUAAAGCUAGAAUAAGGCAAAAAAUACACAGAGUAAGAAAGAAACGGAAGAAAAGAAGAAGAAUACUAAGUGCCGAAUGUUACGCCCUAGGGCGUCGUGUAAAGACGCUGUGCAAACAAGUGUGUAGAAACCCUUUUGAUCGAGGCCUUAGACAACUGUAUUACGCUAAGAAAAAAAUGUUAAAACAGAAGUUGAGAGAUAUAGUACGCAAAGAGAGAAAUCAGAUCAUAGACAAAUUGGAUACUCUGUAUAGUGAAAACCCUAAGGAAUAUUGGAAUCUGAUAAAGGAUCUAGAAAAUUUACACACUGAAAAGAAAAGACCUGGAAACAGUAUACAACCAAACAUGUGGUUUGACUAUUUCAAGAACCUUAUGAACAAGAAUCCAAAACUGUCAAAAGAACAAAAAGAAAUUAAAAACUUUACGGACGACGCAAUACUGCAAAAAAACUUCUCAUCUUUAGAUUUUAGGAUAACUCCAAAUGAAGUUCUAGGAUGUAUUGAAAAAUUGAAAAGAAAUAAGGCCCCAGGAAAUGAUUCAAUUUUAAACGAAAUGCUAAAGGCAAGCCGAUUUGUUUUGACACCGAUUUUAGCAAAGAUAUUUAACUUAAUCUUAAUUAGUGGUUGUUUCCCUGAAAACUGGUCAGUGAGCCUUCUAAAACCGCUUUAUAAAAGUGGGUCUGUAUGUGACCCCUCAAACUAUCGAGGAAUAUGCCUAUCCAGCUGUCUUGGCAAAUUAUUUUGUUCGGUUUUAAACCGACGUUUAGUACAGUUCCUUGAAGACAAUGAACUGUAUAAACCCAAUCAAAUUGCGUUCAGAGCGGGCUACAGAACGUCUGACCACAUGUUUGUUCUAAAAACAAUAAUAGAUAAAUAUGUAAGAGGCCGGGCAAAGAAUGAUAAGAAAGGUUUAUAUAUAUGUUUUAUAGAUUUAAGGAAAGCCUUUGACAAUGUUUGGAGGGAUGGUCUUUGGUAUAAAAUGUUAAAACAAGGUAUUGGUGGUAAUUUUCUGAGAGUGCUACAUGACAUGUAUUUAAAAUGUAAAGUAUCCAUAAAACUAGACGAGGGCGUCACCUCGUGUUUCAAUACGAAUACCGGAGUAAAACAAGGGUGUGUCAUUAGCCCGACAUUAUUCAAUAUGUUUUUAAAUGAUGUUGUAGAUAUUUUUGAUACCUCAGUUAGUGAACCAGUAACGCUACAUGACAAGGACUUGAACUGCAUAAUGUAUGCAGACGAUCUAGCAAUUAUUUCUAGAUCCCCUCAAGGAAUGCAAUACUGUUUAGAUAAAUUCACUCAAUAUUGUAACUCUUGGAUGUUGAAUGUUAAUGUCACCAAAACUAAAAUAAUGAUAUGUAAUAAGUCAGGCAGGUUGAAUGAUAAGAGUGAUUUUGAAAUAAACGGGGAAAAACUUACCUCGGUAAAGGAAA